CUGCUAGUCCAGGAGAGAGCUGCCAUUCACCCCAAAGUCACUGCGCAGACCUGCAAAUGCCUUGUUCGUAAGGUUAACAGGUGGUAGUGAGCGACUGAAGCAGAGUGAGACACGAACUGUGCUGCAGGCUCAAAAGUACCAUGCUGCCCCGCUGUGCAGUCGGUGUGUGCCAUGUGCUUAUGUUGGUGCUGUGUGUGUCUGCGGCUGAGGACUUCGACUGGACAAAGAACCACCACGGCUCCUUCUAUUAUGGCACUUUUCCAGCUGGAUUUUCGUGGGGUGCCGGAGGUUCAGCCUAUCAAACAGAAGGAGCCUGGGACAAAGAUGGAAAAGGACUGAGCAUCUGGGACGUGUUCAGUCAUAGGAAAGGCAAGAUCCAACAAAAUGACACUGGGGAUUUCUCCUGUGAGGGCUACUACAAAGUCAAGGAUGAUAUUUCUCUGAUGAAGGAGCUGAGGCUUAACCACUAUCGUUUCUCUAUCUCAUGGCCUCGACUCCUUCCCACUGGCAUAAAAUCUGACCAUGUAAAUGAAAAGGGAAUACAGUACUACGAUCACCUGAUCAACCACCUACUGGAGAACAAAAUCACUCCGAUUGUUACUUUGUAUCACUGGGAUCUUCCACAGGUCUUGCAAGAGAAAUAUGGUGGAUGGCAAAAUAUAAGCAUGGUCAAUUAUUUCAAUGAAUUUGCUAACCUGUGCUUUGAGAGAUUUGGCGACCGAGUCAAGUACUGGAUCACUUUCAACAAUCCAUGGUCUGUAGCUGUUGAAGGUUAUGAGACGGGGGAACAUGCUCCUGGACUGAGGCUGAGGGGAACGGGAGCAUACAGAGCUGCACAUCAUAUCAUUAAGGCACAUGCUAAAGUUUGGCACACGUAUGACACACAGUGGAGGGGGAAGCAAAAAGGUCUGGUUGGCAUCUCUCUGUCGGGGGAAUGGGGAGAACCGGUGGAUAUCAGCAACCAGAAAGACAUUGAAGCAGCUGAGAGAUAUGUCCAGUUCCACCUGGGAUGGUUUGCCACACCGAUCUUUCAUGGCGACUACCCUCAAGUGAUGAAAGACUUCAUAGGGAGAAAGAGUGUCCAGCAGGGCCUCGGGACGUCUCGACUGCCCACAUUUUCCCCUCAAGAGAAGAGCUACAUAAAGGGGACCUGUGACUUCCUUGGCAUUGGUCAUUUCACCACCCGCUACAUCACCCAAAAAAACAACCCAUCGGGCCGUAGCAGCAGCAACUACUUUAGUGACCGUGACCUGGCUGAGCUGGUUGACCCAAGAUGGCCUGACCCUGGUUCAGAGUGGCUCUAUGCCGUGCCCUGGGGUUUUAGGCGUCUGCUCAAUUUUGUCAAGACUCAGUAUGGGAACCCAAUGAUUUAUGUGACUGCAAAUGGAGUCUCUGAGAAGAUGUUAUGCACAGAGCUUUGUGAUGAAUGGAGGAUAGUGUACUACAAAGACUACAUCAAUGAGAUGCUUAAAGCUAUCAAAGACGGAGUCAAUGUGAAGGGCUACACUGCAUGGUCGCUGCUGGACAAAUUUGAGUGGGAUGAAGGUUUCUCUGAGAGAUUUGGCUUGUACUAUGUGGACUUCAGGAACAAAAACAAGCCUCGCUAUCCCAAAGCUUCUGUUCAGUUUUACAAACGCAUUAUCAGCUUCAAUGGAUUUCCCAAUCAAAGAGAGGUUGAAAACUGGAGGCGAAAGGCAGUUGAGACGUGCUCUUCCAGCAAUCAGCUUCUAGCUGCAGCUAGAAGAAAAUCCCAGGAACAUGCAGAAAUGCCAAAGGUUUGGCCUGUGCAUGAUGAAGUUUAGAACUUGAGGGUACAUGCUUCCUAUUUCUAACAAUCUGAUUUCUUUUUUUCUCUUUUGUCGCUUUGCAAUUGUGUGUUUACAAUUCUGACUAACAAGCUCCUGCGUUUAACACCUGCAAUUAAACACAAGCUUUUGCUCCUUUUAAAAGAGCUUUUUUAACAAAAACUCGCAAACAGGCAUAAAGCAAAGCGGUGCACUUCAGCCCACAAAGCAGAGAUUAAAACUGUAACUGGGUAAUGUAAUAGCACCAAUAAAGUCAGUGAUAUAUCUGAGCUGAAAUCAAAAUUUCAAACAUAAGCCUCACCUGCUUGCUGAUGGCUUGUAAUAUUAAGUCAUUUUCAGAAUACUGCUUUUAAUAGUCAUCUGGUAAAAACACUGCUUUCUGAAAUAUUCCCCUGUAGCUGCAUGCAGUUCUCAAAGGGUUAAAGUGCCAUUAAUCAACUCUGAGUACUUUCUCUUCUUUUAUUAGAGGAACAGCGGAGUACUGCUGCCAAUAUUCUAAGACUUAUACAUGGUAAGGAAUCCCUAUGCUCUCUAUGAAUUAGA